GGAAAUCGUUUUUACAUUCGUAUUCGUCACAAAAUCUCCCAGUACAAUUUCUGCAUGGUCACAUGUACUAGACUUUCUAUACACAAGCCCCUUUCCCUCUACCUUCGCAACAUACAGCAUAAACACUGACCAAUACCACCCCCUAAAGCUCUCACUCUCUGUAUUCUUUAUCCUAACACCAUCAAAUCCGGACUUGGACUCUUCUUUGUUCAACACCCAUUGCUCAAGCACCAUCCCCCAAGCAACAAAGACCGCUUUAUCCCAAGAAACCGACCAUAGAUCAAGCAUUCGACAACAAGCAAGCGCAAUGAUUAAUUCCCAUCCCAACUUCGCAUUUCCCCCGUUCAUCCACAAACGUCCCCAAAAAUGGCCGCAGAAUACGAACCCCACCACACAUUCGACAGCCGAGAUAUGUUCCAGCGCCCCCCCACCGGCGCCGACAUAAGCGACUACAUCCCCCUCCAAGUCGGCCGCGAAGACCCCGAAAAACUCACACCCUUCAACGUGAUCCGAUGGCUCUGCGUAUUCUUCGACCAGCAAGUUCCUCCACUCCCUGUCAUACCCCUGAAGGAUAUCGAGGAAAUUCCUGAUCAGCAACUCCAGGAAACCAUGGAUGAGUAUCGAAUCUUCACCCCGACAGUGAGGGGCGUGAAAUUAAACCCCUUUACCGAGAUUGGGAUCAAGGGCUUUCCGUUGAUUGAGGAUACGGUAUUUAAUGUCGUGCGCAGCUAUCCGGCCGAUGAACAGUAUAGGGGUCCGCAUAGUUUGAUUUGGCUGGUGUCAAAUUCGUAUUGGAGAGCGGGUAAUUAUAUAAUCUAUUUAACUCCUCUCUCCUUUCCCUCAGGAAAACAAAAGAAAACAAGCAAGAAGGCUAACACAACUCUAGUGGCCUGGGCCAUCUUCGGCAACUGGGAACUCUGGCCGCACGUAAAAGCCCAACACCGCCUCGUAUUCCAACAAGUACUCUCCACCCCCAACCACCCCCGACAUACGCUCUACCGGGGCCUGAACGAGAAGUUCAAAGGCCACAACAACCUCAACAUCAAAGAUCGUCUCGGAAUUCCCUACUGCGCCAUCCGACACGACGACAUCCAGCAGGUCACCGCCGACAUCUACGGUAUCUUCCUCGUCAUAUUCACAUUUCGACCCGAGGGCCAAGGGGUGAAUUUUCUUGGCUAUCAAAGCGAGCUAUCGGAACGCCACUAUGCGCCCACCCUCCGCGGCGAGUUCAACCGCCCGCAUGUACUCAUCCGGCUUUCCAUCAGCACCGUGCCCGAAAAGUUCGAAGAUCAUCCCGACGCGAAGCUGCUGCCCCUCUGGGAGAUAUACGAGCCGCUCAUGCUCAACAUGCCGAAUUUUCGGCACGCGGAUUUCAAAUACACACUUCCGACGGUUAAGAAUACACGAAAAUCAUUACCUCAUGAAGCGACUUUGCGGCCCGUGGAUUUCAACGGGGUGAAACAUCCGUGGAGAGCAGUGAAUGUUCCAUGGGAAAAAACGCAUUUGGCUCAACAAACAGGGAUUCCAAAUCCGCUUACACAGGUGUCGAAUUGGCCCGGCGCGAUUCCGAUAAAACCAAUGUCCCUGACGGUUGCGAUGGGAUGUAUACUUUUGGAAAAGGGAGAUCCGAAGGACCCAAAGUCUUGGGCUUAUCCGGUAGAUACUAUCAAGUGGAUAAGGCCAGACAAGAAAUUGCCAGAGGAAAAGGUAGAAAGUGCAGUGUUGGGAUCGUCUGCAGAAGCGGAAGCAACUAUGGAAUCCGUAUUUCCCGUGUAAUUAGCAAGGAGAUCUUUGUAAUAUAAAUGUCUGCUCUGCAUUUUUAGCAGAUGGAAAAAGUAUCUUUACUAGUGUUGUCAUAUCAUGACCAAUCGUAUAAUACUAUUUGGCAUGAUGAAUAGAGUAUACUCCGAUUGAUAAUCCUCUCAAAGGAACUUGUUUAAUGCCUCCUUUUAAUCACAAUCAAAAAAUUCCGUACACA